UUGCCACUACUUGCCUGUAUUCAUAGACCUUCAUCCUCAUGAGGCCGCAUCCGUUUAGUGAACGUAGUAAAUAGCGGGCGAGCAUGACGUAGCCCCGUCAGCGCCUUGCGAAGUAUUUAGAUUUAGGCCGCGUAAUCUUCUUAGUUGUGUGUUUAUUCGCGGGUUGGGUGGUUGUUUUGUGACGUCACGUGUAUAUAAGUUGAGAUUCUUUGUGCUAAUGUUGUCUGAUAUGAUACACUAUCAGGGCUUGAUAAUGCUAUCAGGUAGAUAGCCUGUGCUGUGAGACCAUUAUUCAUGUAGUGUACGUCAACUUUCGCCGAAAACAAGUGAUCAGUUUUUGUUUGUUGGAGUUACCAAAGUUCCUUUUCAACAUUGUACGCGGCGUCCACACUUGGCUGUUUUACUAAAUACACGAGUUUAUAGCACUGCAAAAUGCCCCGUGGUCGGGACGAAAUGCAAGUAAACGUGGCGGGCCUAAGGAGAAAUAUUAAAAACCUCGCGCACAACUACUCUGAUGCUCAGGUAAAAGUGCGCGAAGCAACCUCGAACGACCCAUGGGGCCCCUCCAGCACUCUUAUGGCGGAGAUCGCCGACCUCACGUACAACGUGAUGGCUUUCACGGAGAUUAUGCAGAUGAUCUGGAAGCGCCUGAACGACCACGGCAAGAACUGGCGGCACGUGUACAAGGCGCUGGUGCUCAUGGAAUACCUCAUCAAGACGGGCAGCGAGAAGGUGGCCAUGCAGUGCAAGGAGAACAUCUUCGCCAUCCACACGCUCAAGGACUUCCAGUACAUGGAGGAGGGAAAGGACCAAGGUCUCAAUGUGCGAGAGAAGGCAAAACAGCUAGUUAACCUUCUGAAAGACGAGGAGAGGCUGAAGAAUGAGCGAGCGCGCGCGCUGAAAGCGAAACAGCGCUUCGCUCAGAGCGCGAGCGCUUUCGGCAGCGACGGCGCGCUCGACACGCCUUCUAGCCCCACCUACCCACCAGUAGAGACGCCAGGCGGCGGAGCGGAAUGGGCAGGGCGGGACGCGGAACUGGCGCGGCCAUUGACUGCGGGAGAGGAGGAGCUUCAGCUGCAGCUGGCUCUAGCGAUGUCGCGCGAGGAGGCGGAGCGCGACGAGCGCCGCCGCCGCUCCGACGACGUGAGGCUUCAGCUCGCGCUCAGCCAGUCGCAGCACGACUUCCAGACGCCAGACUCCACGUCGGGCAGCAGCAGCAACCACAAGAAGCCGGAGCCGCAGCAGUCGCACCUGUUAGAUUUGCUCGACGUGAACUUGGGAUCGCCCGCGACCGCGCCUGCGCCGCUCCCGCUGGCCGACCCUUGGGAGCUGCCGCCGCCGCAGAAACAGGAGACGUCAUCGGACGCGUGGUCAGCCGUGGGUAGCCCCGUGCGGGACCCGUGGGCCACGGGACCCGCCGGACCCACGCCGGCUGACCCGUGGGCACCUUUGGCACAGAGCAAGUCGCCGGUGUCGGUGUCGUCGCCGUCGUCGGGCUCGCUGGAGCAGUUCGACGCGCUGUCGCAGCGGCCCGCGCCCGCGGACCCCUUCGAGCUCACAGCGCUCACCGAGCACCUAAACAGCAAGCCAGUCUCGCCAGCCAGCACGGGUGCGGUGAAGAAGUCUCCGUCCGCCUUCCUGGGCGAGAACUCGGCGCUCGUGAACCUCGAGCGCCUGCUGCAGCCCGCCGCCGCCGAGCCGCCCGCGCCCAACCCCUUCGGCGAGGCGCGCCACAUGUUCGCCAGCCCGCAGCCCCCGCGGCUGACGAUCAACGAGCUGAAGCAGCAGCAGCUGGGCAUGACGGGCGUGUUCCCCGCGCCCGCCGCACCAGCCGCGCCCGCGCCCACGCUGCACCAGGCCGCGCUCUCGCAGCCGCCGCUGCAGCAGAUGGGAGCCGUGGCGGCCGACCCCUGGGCGCCGGUGCCGGCUCCGCGCAGCCAGAGCCCGUGGUCGCCGCCGCAGACGCGGCACACGCCCAACCCGUUUCUGUCCUAGCCGCCGCCACUCUGGGGUGGGAGUUAGAAGGAGUGCAGCUGAGAGGCUGAGCCUCCGGCGACCUGCAGGAGACCAGGCGCUCCGCUACUGGACACCGUUGACGACCUCGCCCACGGGAGUACGACGCUCGUGUUGGACCAAUAUUCAUGUCUGCUUCUGUCGGUGACUGCAAAACGUUCUGUAUCAGAACUGAGUAAAAAGCAAAGCGCAGAUAAAAUAUUGAAAUAUUAACUUCACAUAUUAUUUAAUAUUUAUGGGACAAACAAGUUUUUUUACAAGUUCAAGGAUACGGAUAUAACAAAACAAAAUAAAAUACCAGUUAUAUUUGUUUUUCUUGAUACUUGAGUCAUUUUAAUGCAUUGACUUUUUACGCAGUUGUUUUGCAAACGAAUGGAAUCUUACCAUCAGUGACUGGAUGUUUGGGCUGUACCUAAAUUUGUGAAAGAACAAUUGGACAAGCCUUGCGGGAAAAAAUGCGUAAAGAUAACCUUAGUAAUGCGCAUUUAGUAAAUAACUGUAAAAUUACUCAUCAUGUGUCCAAUAGGCUUAAGCGCCCCACAUUCGAUCACUGGCUAUAAUCACGUCGUCAACUUAUAUUUUAUUUAUUUGAUAAAUAUGUUUUAUUUAUUAUACUAUUGUGAUUUACCCUUUAUAUUGUAUACAAAGCCUGGUCUCCCGAUAAAAAGAUAAUAUCAGUAUAAAUCCCCUGUAAAUCGCACUUCAACUUUUAAAUUAUUUUGACACUUCUACUAUUUUUCUGUUUAGAUACAGAAAUAUUAGUAAAAUUUAACAUUUUCGAUUGACAUGUUCCAAUGUAUCAACUUUUUUAUUCCACUAAAAAAUAAAUUGCGUUCAUACUACUAGGUUUAAAUUUUGCACUUAAAUAGUAAAUCUCUUGUCACAACUUUUGUUGAAAAGUCAUAAAAAUACCUUGAUUUAGUUAUACUUACCUAAAACUGUUUAUGUACUCUUCGUUUAUUUUGUAAACCUUUUUGUGUGGUAAGUGGGAUAUCAUGAAAAUACAGUUGUAAGAAUGUACCGUAACCAGCGCAGGCGGCGCCCGCCGUCUCCGCUGCUAACCGUACCCGGUGGUAGGUUAACAAAUUAAAGUAAGACAGUUAGAGGUACAGUAUACAAAUAAUGUAUAAUGAAGUGUUUUCAUAGACUGGAACUCGCUGUGACGAUUGUAAUAGUUAGCGCUGACUCGGCCGGGUUCACGCGCGGCGCUUAGAACAAAUUAUGUAAGUAGGGCUCGCGACUCGACGUGUCCGACGCACGGCAAGCUGGGCUGUCUCGCUAGCUGUAAUUAGAAUAUCUUAGCACCUCUACCUUUUCCUAGAUUCAUCUAAUUAAAUAAAUUUAUAUGUAUAUCAAGAUAAUUAACUCUAAUUAAUUUUAAAUAAUUAAGUUAACUCAUAACACUGAGUGUUGCGAUGGAUUUUAAGUCUGAUUAAUAUAAAAAAAUGAAAUAAACUACAAAAAUGUAUUAUAUACGGUUGCGCGCGCCUGAACCUGGCAGCAUGUAGCAAUAGACAACGUAGAGACCCGCGGCUGAUGUUUAGGGCCUCUUCACUGGUGGAUGCAGAUGUAAAUUAACUAAUUAAUCUAGAAAUUAAAGGCUAAUCGCUACUAUUUUUAAAUAACUAAGGUAAAUGGGCCCUAAAUAGCGAAGGGUAUAAAGAUUUUGUAAGGUACAACGGAAUUCGUAGCGCAGUUGGGAGUUUCUGAACCUAUCACAGCUGUCAUUUAAAAUGCAUUUACAUUUGUUACAUUUUGAUAUAAUUCAGUUUUAAUUUUCUUAUUAUCAAGACAAUCUUCAGACCUGAUGAAAAGUACGAGCUGAAAGUUGAACCCUUUUAUUGUAUAGUUUAAGAUUGUAAAUCAAUUUAUGCUUGCUAAUAAUUUUCAUCAAUAAAUAUUAAAAGGAAUGUGAAACCCUCAACAGCGCUACGAACCCGACUCUAACGUCCAUAGUCGGCGACUAAGGAGUAAGGUCUCGAGUUGUAAUACGUGCCUUAGAUACCAGUUUUGUAAAUGAUAAUGUUUGUCGCCCUCCAGCCCGACGGCUCCUUGAUGACGUCAUGUCACUUGUGAUACCAUCCUUCUACUUAAUCCUUGAUUCACCUCGCAGACAGCACAUUCGGUUGCAAAUAGUCAAACAGAUCAGUAUUAUUUUGCUUUUGCAGCGUUGAUCUUGGAAAAUUUCUUUUCCCGCGAGUGAUGAUAAUGAUUAUUUUUCCUUCCAGUAUCACAUUUAUUUAUAUCUACUUAACGUUAAUGGUAGAAUUUAUUUCCAAACUGGCAACACUUAACAUUGUGACAUAACGUCAUCAACUGUCGGGAUAAAUAUUUAUUGUGAUUUAUUUUAGCGCAAACACUUGCAUCGUAUCGAUAAAUUGUUACAAGUUCCUCCGAGAGUCAAUCUGUACAAUUUAUUAAAGUAAUACAAAAGGAAUACGAAAUAACGAAUUUUAGUAGUAAUCGAGCUGCAGUGUGUCGAUUUUGUUUGAGUGCUUACAGUUAACGCUAGGAGGUUGAACUUGCCUUUACACUGUCAAAUGAAUUUAAACAAAUGUUUGUUAGAUAAUACACAACAACAGAAGGCAAGUUCAGCUUCAUUUGAUACUAAAAUUAAUUUCACCGCGUACUGUCCAAACCCUGCGCUUUACAACGUGUGUGUUUGUUGCGUACAAAAUAUUCCAUUUUUAUAUAUUGUGUUAUUGAAAUAAUUUUACAACCCUCAUUAUUGACGUAGUAUUGAUCGAGUUAAGGUAAAUUAUGUACGUUUAGUCUGCAGCGCAGUGUUGCCAGCGCGGGCUCGACCAUGCCCACUUUAUGUCACACUCGAUAUCACAAGCAGCGUCUUUUUUACACUGUUACACGUUUUCUCCUAUUAAGAAAAAAAUAUUCCGCGCUGGCAACACCGUGCUUUGUUUUUUUUUUCGCUUUAUUAUUAACUAGCAGGUUCAAAUGGUUAUUGAUUUUGUUUAUCAGUUAUGUAGAUAAAUUAUUUUUUAAUAUAUUAAUUUUUGACCAAUAAUAUGCAUUGAUGCUAAUCUGUGUGGGUUAUGAUCACAAUUCUAUAUAAUUUUAUUGUGAAGCGUCGAAACGCUGGUGAAAUGUAAUGGCACUCUGUGACGUAUACAAAUUAUUUUAGCAGGGUUUGAAAGCAUUUAGUAUGCUCUAUUAUCAAAUCGUCAGACUUUGCAUGCCUUUGACGUGGUGCCAUUGAUUAAUUAACUGGUAUGUUUGUGACAUUAUAGUUAUUUUGACAAUAUUAAGAUGAUAAAUUGAAUAUUUAAAUUGACAU